CACAGGGCCAUUAAUAUUUCACCAAGGAGAUUGUGCCAUAGCGACAUACUUUAUUUUACUGUGCUGGUUUGAUGGGAAUAGAAUGCCUCACUUUUUCAAAAUUACAGCUUGAAUUGGAUCCGUUUACUCGUGUCUCGUCAAACUGUACGGUGUGGGUGUCGUUAAGGUCCCGCUGAUGGCUUGAUUCGAGCUCAAUGUUUUUUUAAGGUGGUGUGAAACAUUAUGAAGACAUAUUACAAGUAACAGCGCUGUUUGUCUUAUGCAGAUAUUUUAAAUUCCAGUUUAAUUGAUCUCCGUGGGAGGCGCGCUGGCCUUAUGGUUAUUGCGUUCGUCGCAGGAUCGCGCGGUCCGGGUUCGAGCCCUGGCCGGGGACAUGCUGCUGUGUUCUUGGGCAAGACACUUUACUCUCACGGUGCCACACCCAGGUGUAUAAAGGGCUACCGGCGAACUGAAUGCUGGGUUAUGCUGGGGGUAACCCUGCGAUUGGCUAACAUCCAAUCCCGGAAUAAGCUUCGGCCUGAUGUGCUGUUGGCUCGUAUGCAGACUUAGUUAUCUACCUUAAAAAUUUAAAAGAUCUGAUCGAACAGAAUGUGGUUUUAGUAGAAGUACAUUAAUGGUUCGCAACUCGCAAGAAAUGAGCGAAAUGUGAUCAGUUUCCAGCCACAGACUUCCGGCGCAAGUUAGCGGUCAGCAGUGUGUCAGUGAACCAAGCAACGAAGGUCAAAUUAUCGCCUUUGGUAUGGUAAACAUCGAAUUGUUUAAUUACAAGAUCUAGCAACAAUGAUUUAGGCAUCUGGACUCGCUUUCCUUAUCAAAACAAUGUACGAGAAGACGGAGAUGUUUUGUCCUUUAUGCUACAGUAGAUAUGGCACUGGAUUUCCACAAAGAAUUCCAAGAGAUCUGGACUGCCGGCAUACCUUCUGUACAGAAUGCCUCCUAAAACUCCAAGAACUGCAAGGCUCUGUCAUAGAAUGUUGUUCAUGUAAACUGCGAACUCUGUUACCCCCCAAUGGCGUUGAUGGACUUGAUAAAAACAUGGACCUUUUGAGAGCCAUUCUACAAUCUGAGGAGGAGGAACAAAAAUUGUGCAACUUCUGCAUUCAGAAAGUUUAUCCUCCCAAACCAGCAACAUUUUACUGUUCCGAAUGUGACAUGUUAAUGUGCGGUAGUUGUUCAGAUGUUAUUCACUCUCAAUUGGAAUUCCGUUGUCAUGACAUCGCUCGAGCAAGGACUGUUAAAGAUGGGACAGGGGAGGUUCAAAGGUCGAAAGUCUCAUCUCGAUGUUCAUCUAGCUCUUCAACGUUAAGUAAACGAUCUUCCAGCAUAAAGCCCGGGCUAAGCAGCAGGCCUUCCAGUGGUUUGUUGGACUAUUCAGUAAUACCAGAAUGCCCUGUUCACAAGGAGGUGACAAAAUUCUACUGCCGGAAUUGUAGAUGCCUGUGUUGUGCAUCCUGUCACAAGUAUGGCAGCCACAAAAACCAUAGCUGCCUCCAAGUUCAUGAGGCUGAAGAAAAGGAAAGAAAGGCACUUGUUAGAUUACAAACACAAGUUGAACAGCAUGGUGAAAAAUUUAUAAAGGCACGAGGAGAAGUGCAAAGAACUAUUGAAGAUGUUAAGAAAAAUACUAUAGAAGUAAAGGAUAUGGCCCGGAGAUAUUACAGGGAGCUACGAGCCGCCAUUGAUCAGGGAGAGAAAAUUUUGAUGGAAGAUAUUGACAAGAGGAGUGAUGCAAAGCUGAAAGUUUUAAAUGAACAGCUCAGUCAACUGAUUGAAAUCUCAAGCCUGACGACCACGGCUUGUAGAAACUGUGACAAUGCUCUGAGUCUGGACUAUUAUGAAAUGCUGAUGCUUAAAAAAGAUGUGGAAACAGAGAUGAUGGAUGUCCUUGACCUGUUGUGUGAGAUUACUCCUGUUGCUAAGCCGGACCUUGGCUGUCAGUUCCCUAAUCAUGAAAAACUCUUGGGCAACAUUCGUAGCUGUGCCAAGCUUGUCCUACCACCAGGUCCCCCAGAGAAGCUGACUUGCAGAAUAACAAGGGACAACAAUGUUCAUGUGACAUGGGAUCCGCCAGAGGACAACUUGUUUCUGUAUUCGGUGCUCGGUUACAUUCUACAGAGCAGCUCUGGUCCAGAUAACAGUUUUGUUACCAUCUACAAAGGACACGAGACCUCACUGACAAUAGACAAGACUACAGCGAACUUACCUGUUGGAAAACAAGUGCAGUUUCGUGCGUGUGCUAUAAACCUGAUUGGUGAGGGGCCAUGGGGUUUUCCCUACGGAAUCAAAAUACCCGAGUGAAGGGUUUUCCUAUACUACUGAAGUCUGCAAACAGUGCUUGGUCACGCCGAUGUCAGAGCACUCAGACUUACGCGACGUUUUCCAUGGUUUUCUUGCGCAAAGUAGCUAUAACUGUUAUCUACUAACUCUAGCCGCCGAAACUCUGGUUUCAGUGCUCAGUGCUAAGGCUCGACAAAAACCUGAUGCGUUUUAUUGUAAAGUAGAGCGAUUUCCAUUUGAGUGUCGUAAACUUACCAAUAAGACUACUCAGCUAAUUCAGUCAAACCAUAGUUAAACCAAAACCAAACCCAAAGUAAUUGCUAAGAACAAUGACAGAAUACAACAGCUUACCAUCCAACAUACACCAGUUCAAACCAGAGAUCCCUUUCAAGCUAGCCAUGCGGGUACAUUUUAACAUAUUGAACAAUUUUAUUUUUUUUUUGUAAAAGCACCAUGCACAGCACAGUAUUACUUUGCAUUAUUUUAACUUGUACAUGUAAAUGUAAAUUGCCUGAUUACUUUCGACACUCAUUUGAAAACCGCUUUAAGGAAGCAUAAAAUUGGUUUUACGUUUGGCUUAAGCAUCGACUAAGCGAGCUAUAGGCGGUAGGUAGAAACAAGCCGCAAUUCAAGUUGUCUACGAGUUCACGAAUUCACGUUCAUGGAUGAAAAAAUAAGAAGAAUAUCCCUCCAUCUUUACUUAGCUAGAGUUUGUUUUGAGCAGUUACGGUGUUUGAAAUGAGUAACCUGAGGAAUAGUAAACGGGAGUUUCGCGUGCGACUUCACGGGGAUUUUGGAGACUAGAAACAGAGCGAGAAGAGAUCUUUGUAAGAAUGACCUCGUAGUGUAACAACCAAAAGCUAGGCUUUUAUCAGCGUUUCCUUCCCAAUAGAAUUAGCGUGCAUGCAAAACAAACAAACGAACAAACAAACAAUCGAGUAUUUAUUGUAAAGUUGUAAUGUGUUGAUAUUGAUAAGCUAUGGAAUUUUGAAAUAGUGAAAUAUGAUUUAGAUUAACAAUACGUAUUAUUACUAAGUUCUCGAGGAUAAGAGAAGUUUAAUUUCACAUGAAGAUUAACUAUCUAUGACGUCAGCGUGAUAACUGUAAAUAGUUUUUGCUGACUGAAUGAAUGUAGAUGUAUCAAAUGAU